UCAGAAAGCAGUUCUGCGUUCUCAAGAAUUUAGUUUUUGCAUCACAAAGAAAUGUUUUCUCCAUGACAAAAAAUUGUUUUCAUGACAAUCGAAAUCGGUUUUUGCAUUUUGGAAAAUGAAAAAUACGGCUCAGAAAAUGCAAUAGUUAAUACUGAACUUUUGUACUUUGUCCAUUCAUAGCAACUUCAGCUGCUCCAACGCUUACGUACCCCGCUUGAAAGGCGUUUUACUCCCCAAAAAGAAGUAAUUUCAACAUUAUUUUGGAAUUCAAAAGAAACUUGUGACUCGACACGCGACGAACGAUCACGACAACAACUUAAGUACUUCACGCGGGACAAAAGUUCUUCCAGCCGGGAUUAUAGGCAGAAGCGGCGCGAGUGCGACGUAAGCAAAAGAGACAAGAAAAACGGCAGCGACGGAUAGUUCGUUUCGUUCCACAACGACGCUGACAACCACAAUAAGCAAUCAAGAAACCAGGGUUCUACUACAAACACAUUAAGAGCGGACGAAGACUACAACUUGCUCCCCACCACCGCAGGAACAUCAGCUGCCGAAAAGUAGAACCGAACACGGCGGCGAGCUUUCUGAUUGUGGAUGACGAUCGCUCCUUAUCAAGUGCAAAUUUGUCUGGGUCUGAAAGGACGCGAACUUGUCAUGCACAUUUCAAAUCACACAAAAAUCUGUCAUGUGUGGACAGCAAAAGUGGCCCACUAUGUGUCGCCGAAAGAUGGGAUUUGUCAUGCGGAUUAGGCAUAGCGAUACCUUCUCAAAACCUGUAAUGCUAGGGCCUGCAUGCCAGACCUUUCGGGUCACGGAAAAACAGCAUGGCAAACUUCUGCGGUCCUCCAGACCCAGACAUAUUUGCAUUUGAUACUCCUUUUUCCAGCAUGGCGCCUCGUACCGCUGGAUCGAAAGAGUACAGCCUCCCAUAUGGGACUCUCAAAUGUUACAUUCUCAACUGUUACACGAUUUGUAAUGCAAAAUUGCCAUCAGUAUCUACAUGAUCAAGCUGCUUUGCAUGACAAAUUCUCGAAGAGCCAAACAGGCUGAGAAUCUGUGCCAAAUCUGUCUUGCAAGACGCGCUAGGUCUCCCCUUUCGCGUUUGCCAUUGUUGCAUGACAAAUUCAUGUAAUAGUUGAGAGUGUAACGCUUGAGAACGCCAUACCCCACCCACCCUGCUCCGCAGCUCCCUCAAUUCCAACAAACCGAAUACCAGCUCGGGGAUAUCAGACAGCACCGCGGCACUUGGGGGAAGUUCAUCAGGUACUUUUACGUAUGAUCUGCUUCUACUGAAUUCAAUAGGACUGGAUUUGGAACUAGAAUCAGUACCACUUCCACCUUAUCCUUGUAAGAGUGGAAGCUGCGGCUGCUAAAAAUAAUUCUGCUGUAGGCUAAGAUGAAUGAGUUUACUUGUUACAUAUUACUUUUAUUGUUCCCAAACAAGUUCCCACACAACUCACAGUUGCCUCCAACUCCCCCUCGCAUGGGGCCACCACGGCUACGUCGAUUGAGAACACGCUGAUCGUGUUUGACUGGGAUGACACCUUUUUUCCCACGUCCGCGCUGGAACGGAGCCGACUCCUUCGCAUCCCCGCACAGAAAAUGCGCCCGCAGUUGGUGCUAUCAAUCGUAAAAAAGUCCGGGUCUGGAAGAUUCUGACAGUUGUCAUGCACGUUUUGCAUGAGCCAUGAUGUCUGUAAUGCAUACACUAGCAAUACAGAUUUUUUGAGGGCUUCUUGUUGCCUAUUCCGCAUGACAAAUGCCUUCUCAGCGUAGCAAAAAUUGCAUUUCCUUUGCUACUCAUGCAACACAGAUUUUUCUGGAAUACAAAGACAGCAUUACAAGUUCCACUCUUGCAGACCCAGACGCUUUUGCAAUGCAUAGGUGCAGCAAUUGAACUACCUGGCGCAGAUGGUUGUGGAGACGCUUAUAUGCAUUGCAGAAGUAUCCUACUCGUAGUAAUUGCAAUCAUGCAUGACAAAUUGCCCAUCUUAGGCAAACCAGCAUUACAAACUCCACUUUUCUUUCUGAAAUAAAUUUGUAAUGCAAUGUACGCUUAGUACGAUACUUUUGCAAUGCAUAGCUGACGCUCGCCGAGCAGUACGGUAAGGUAGUGAUCAUCACCAAUAGCGCCCCGGGGUGGAUCGACACCAGUUGUCAAGCGUUUAUGCCGGUCAUGCACGCCAAAAUUAGGAGCUACCCGAUCUUCGCGAAGCCCAUGAACUACCUGCUCACCUACAAACUGGACGUUUUCAAGCGGGAAUUAUUGCAGGGCCGGUACCAGAACCUGGUCUCCGUAGGCGACGGCAUCGCGGAAAGAACGGCCACACUGCGGUUAGUAGGUACAGGAGACGGUGGCUAGGUCUGAUGUAGAUUAUGCGUUUUUAUUUAAGUACUUCCUGCUUCUCACAUUGUUGUCUUUAUGGAUGCCGUUAUGCUCAUCUUUAUGUGUGUUGAACCAGUUUGAGUUUCAUGUAUGUUACACUGUUCAGUUAUUUUCUGCAUCACUUUAUCUCUAUCAGGUACCCAAGCGGCCGGCACACACCGGUUUUGCAAGAGUAUCAAACUGAAGGAGAUGCCGACCAUCCAGCAGCUGAUUGACCAGCUCGACCUGUGUCAGCGCCGAUUGGAGCACUUGAGCAAGUACCAGGGAGACCUGGAUCUCCGCACCAACUUCGGAUUAACCAACGCCAGGAUGGGCUACGCCCGGUCGCAGAUGGCCGCGUCCUCCGGCUGUAGCUUUGUGCACUUGUCCCAUUUGUCCCCCGAACGCAACGACGAGCAGAUAUUGGGGCCGUACCAGCAUAAUCAGAACCUGCAUUCUAUCCAGUACUCGUCCUCAGGAACGCCAACGAGCAGCUUCGCGGGCAACAGAAUCAACACGAGUACUGUCUCGAAGAACAGCGCGUCUCAUCUACCCAGUGCACAUAGUAGUACAUCAACCAGCACGACAAAUCAUGGUUCCCCGAACAUCAACAACCAGCAUUUCUUGACCUCAAAGCCGAUAACGACCUACACGAACAAUAAUUUGGAAGUGUUGAGUUCCAACGAGUACCCCGGGGUGGGGGACCACUCGAUGGCCCAAUCAGAGUCGACCGGGACGUUGCCGAGGCUUAUCCCAAGCUCUAUGGACAUCCUGGACUCGCCGGAACCGCAGCAAACCCGAAGCUUGUCAAAACCACAAAGGUAUUAGUGGUUCUACACGGUUUGUUAAUCUGAUUUUGAUAAAUGGAUUUCGCUUUUUCUAGAAACAAAUGCAGUGAGUAUAUGUAGCAAAUAAAAAAGGUCAAAAAUGAUGCAUGCGUUGAGAAUAAUCACUUCAAGUUCGAGGAACAGCAAGUCAGACUGUUGAUUUGUUCUAUUCCAGUACCAGUACCUGUAGGCAACCCCAAAUUUAAAAUCAAAAACACUCUAUUCAGUCUCGUCGUCGGUGGUAUACGAGGGCAGCGUGCGUUGACGACCUCCGCCGAUAAAGUUCUCCGAGGGAAGCCCGCACUCCCGCGAGGGGUGCAGCGCGGUGGGGCGUUUACCCCUCCAGUGGGCAUCGGCCGGAGGUAG